AUGCGCCAUCCAACCUACCCUGGUAUAAUGCAGGGGGAGAUGAGGAGCCUCUAUCAGCAGUGCAGUAUCAUUGCAAGAGAAAGAGCCCAUCACUGCCUUCCCCUCUGCUUCCACAUCCCCCAUCACUACCUCUCCCUCUGCUCCCUCAUCUCCCUCGUUGCCCCCUCCCCGUCUCACAUUCCCCCCAUCACUGCCUCCCCAACUGCUCCCUCAUCCCCUCAUCUACUGCUCCCUCACCCCCCCAUCAAUGCCUCCCCGACUGCUCACCCAUCCCCCCAUCGCUGCCUCCCCCACUGCUCCUGCUUCCUCCCUGUCAAUGCAUCCCCCUUAGGUGCCACAUCCCCCUUAUCGCUACCUCCCCCGCUGCUCCCUCCUUCUCCCCGUCGCUACCUCCCCCGACGCUCCCCCACCCUCCCCCCCGUCAUUGCCUCCCUCACUGCUCCCCCAUUCCUGUCACUGCCUCACCCGCUGCUCCCCCAUUCCCCCUGUUGCUGUCUCCCCACCUUGCUCCCUCAUCCCCCCCAUAGCUGUCUCCCCACCCUGCUCCCUCUUCCCCCCCAUAGCUGCCUUCCACCCUGCUCCCUCAUCCCCCCCAUAGCUGGAUCAGGGGGAGCUACUGAGGAUUGCGAGUCAAGAGUCGAUAAGGCCACCAUAGGAGCGUUGAGGAAUCCUGAGCAAGCGAGCACUGACUGCGAGCAGGAUGACGCUGCCCUCGACGCACGCGGUGACGCCGGAUUCGCGGUACCCAUCUCCAGCUCGCCAGAAGAGCGUGGAGGAGCAAGAAGAGAUGAGGAGAGCGCCAAAAAACGCGUCUCCGGUGGACGACCAGUCGAGUUCGAUGACGGAGACGAGGGCGGGUCGACGAUAAGGAGAGGGCGCACGCGCAAGACGCGGAAAAUCUUGCGCGACCAGGCGAGGGCGCUGCGCGAUGCUUCUGACGCAGAGCGUGUUGUGGCCACGUCGCAGCACGCUGGACUCGAGGGAUCCCAAUUUUGUCGAGAGCUGCACAACGUGCGGGUCUAUGCAGUGAGCAUGCUGGUGUCCGUGGUGGACCGCAUUGACUUGCUGAUACUCAAUCGUGCAUGUGUGUGCCCCCUGUUCCCUCACCUUACAGAGAGCUGCACAACAGAGCUCCACAACGUGAGGGACUACGCGGUGAGCAUGCUGGUAUCUGUGGUGGACCGCAUCGGAGCUGCUGCUCAUUCUCACAUGCUUAUUGCCCGCUAUCUCCCCUCUUCUCUACACUAUUCCGUUCAAUCCAGAGAGAUCCACAACGUGCGGGACUAUGCGGUGAGCAUGCUCGUAUCCGUGGUUGACCGCAUUGGCGCUGUGGCCGAUCGCUUCACCCUUGGCCUCGCUAUCUCUCCUCCUCUACUGUGUUUCUCCCAACGCAGAGAGCUGCACAACGUGCGCGACUACGCAGUGAGCAUGCUGGUAUCAGUGGUGGAUCGCAUUGGCGCUGCUGCCAACCUCAUAUCCUUAUGCCGUGCUAUUUCCCCUCCUUUCCUCCACUGUGUUUCUCCCAACGCAGAGAGCUGCACAACAGAGCUGCACAACGUGCGCGACUAUGCAGUGAGCAUGCUGGUAUCAGUGGUGGAUCGCAUUGGCGCUGCUGCCAACCUCAUAUCCUUAUGCCGUGCUAUUUCCCCUCCUUUCCUCCACUGUGUUUCUCCCAACGCAGAGGGCUGCACAACAGAGCUGCACAACGUGCGCGACUAUGCAGUGAGCAUGCUGGUAUCAGUGGUGGAUCGCAUUGGCGCUGCGGCCGAUCGCUUCACCGAUGCCAUCUCCCUGCAGGCCAAGGAGAUGGCUGCUGCUGACGUCAGGGUGGCGUCAGCUGCUGAGCGUGUGCGGGCGUGCUGGGAGUAUUCGGGCCGCAAUGCACUGAACCGACAGCAGCAGCCCAGAGCAACCAGCCGCAUGCCCAAGAGCUACCUGCUACCUGGUGAGAAAAUAGCUGUGGUGGCAGCAUCCCCUAAUGUUCCUUCCCUUUCCCUGUUACGCUUCACUUAA